AUGGCUUGCUGUGUGUUUACCGCAUACUUUAUGAGCCGCAUCAUCAAGGCGUGCGAGCUCUUCGACAUUCGCCUCGUCGAUAUCAAGUACAACGAUUCCGAUCCCGACCCAUAUUCUCCUCCCAGCUUCCACCCGUACAUAAACCCGGGCAAGCAGGUGACAGCAGUAGCUCCCAGAGGCGAUACCAUUCCAAGGCAAGGGGAGAAACUCCAAAAUGAACCACUAACGAUUCGCUUGUUGAUUACUGGGAUGACCUGCUCCGCUUGCGUAUCAACCCUGAGCCGCGCAUUGGCAUCUGUCCCAGCUGUCAUCCGAACCAACGUGUCUCUGCCACUGUCUCGAGCCACUGUGAUCUACGAUGCCACCAAAACGUCAACAGCGGAGUUGGUUUCGGCCGUUGAAGAUGCAGGUUACACCGCCGAGCUGCUUGGACAGCACAAUCGUGGGUCUGCCGCCCAGAAUCUCAAACUCGUUCGGCGGGAAGAAGAACUGCAGGCUUUGAAGAAAGCUUUCAACGGGGCAGCAAAAUGGGCUACAGCCAUUGCGAUUAUUGAUUGGGUGAGGAAGGUCUCCAUGACAGCCCAACUCAGGAACGCCCUGGAUCCGCUCCUCUGCCUCCUGACGGUUGCCAUUGGAUGUUACGUCCAGGUUGUUCAUGCGAGUUGGAUCCAUCGCAAUGCGUGGGCAAGCUGUUUCUCUCGACAACGGCUGCAGCUUCCGAGCCUGUCCAUGGACACUCUCUUGUCUCUGUCACUGCUGCUGAGUAUUUUCCUUUCAUUCUUCAACAUCGCCCUACAUGGUCUCUCUGGUGUCCACACCAAAACCUAUUUCUCCUCGGCGUCUUUUCUUGCAGUGGUCAUCAGCGGGGGACGGUAUCUCGACGUGACGCUGCGGAGACAGGGUGCGGCUGGGCUCGCCCGCCUCUUUCGAUUGCAGACCGAAGUGGAAUUAGAGACAGUGUUGUUGGAGGGGCGGUUGCAGGACUGUAACACCGGAUCAGAUGAGAGAGGCGAAGCCAUGGCGACUCGGAUUCCCACAAAUCUUCUUGAGCCGUUGGACACAUAUCAUAUUUCGGCUCAAAGUCUCAUCCCGUGUGACAGUUACGUGGUGCGUGGGACGUCUUUGGUGGAUGAGGCGAGCAUGAGUGGCGAGUCGCUCCCAUCGCGCAAAACUGUUGGUGAUUUCCUCAUGUCCGGGACUCGCAAUUUGUCUACUGAACUCGUUGCUGUCGUUCUGAAAGACCAAGCAGACUCGUGUCUCGAGAGACUUGUGGCAAGCGUGGAAGCAUCAACGGAGCAGAAGUAUGACCGCGCGCAGAACAGCGAGGGUUUGGACGAUCAGCCAGGCAUAGCCACAGAAGAUCUCAUCACGAGGUAUUUCGUCGCAACGAUCCUUGUGCUGACCAUGUUGGGCUUCGUAUACACGUUUGUUUUCUCGGCAGACUCACUGCCUAUCACUGAUCGACUCAACCUUGCAUCGGAGCGAGCAAUGGCCAUUUUGGCCUCGGCUUGUCCAUGUGCCAUUGGCUUAGCGACGCCUUCGGCGAUUAUGGCCGGUGUCGACGUGGCGUAUGCGUCGGGAAUUCUUCUCCCAGGCGGGGUGGAAGCUUUCAAAAACCUUUCUCUCCUAACGCACGUGGUGAUGGACAAGACAGGAACUUUGACAGAGGGUAGACUUCGGAUCUCGCAUGAGACCUUUGCUGAGCCAUUCGGCACGGAUCCGGGGAAGAGGAAAUUGUGCUACAGCCUCUUGAGCGCUGCGGAGAGGGAGGUCUCACAAACGCACCCCGUUGCUCGGGCAGUGUUUCAGUGGUGUGUCAGACAGCUUCUUGAAGUGCCACAGUUCAAGGAGGGUCGUGGCAGAGAAACUGAGCCAGGUACUGCACCAGUCAGGAACGUGUCCAGCAUCACAGGCAAGGGUGUGUAUGCAGAAGUCCAGGGGGCGGCUAUGGCGUGGUACACUGUGCAUAUUGGCAGCGGCCGUUUUCUCUCCGAGAGUGGCAUUUCCAUCGCCCCAGCCACCACAGGUCAGUCUGGAGCCGCCAGAGGAACAAUGGAGGUCUACUUUGCCAUCGAUGGCAAGUACGCAGGUUUCUUUACGCUGCAAGAUACCAUUCGCCAGGGAGCUCCUCGGGUUAUCGAAUUGCUGAAGGCGCUGGGUCUGAAGUUGACCAUGCUAACAGGCGACUCGGAGACUGAAGCACAUCGAGUUUCGUCGCAGUUACAGAUACCGGUCCUUGCCGCCAAAUCUCUACCCCACGAGAAGAGGGAGUUGGUUGUGUCGGUGCAGUCACAGCGUGCUUGUGAAAGCAAAGGUCAAUAUAAGAGAGGUGUGAGCAAUGGCUUUGGUGUACUCGACGUUCUUGACUCGGUUCUACGACUAUCCUCCGCGAAGAAAGGCGACAGAAAUGUUGUGGCGAUGCUGGGCGACGGUUUAAACGAUGCACCCGCCCAAGCUGUGGCGGAUGUUGGCAUUCUCUUCUCCCUUUCGCCCUUGUCCGGUCGUCGCCCAGACUCAGCAUCGCUGGCACUGGGAACCUGCGCUGCCGACGUGAUCAUCAUGACACCUGACCUGGGCGCCCUGCCGAAGCUGAUGACGAUCGCCACCAAGACGAUGGCCCAGGCAAGGUGGAACAUGUACUGGGCAGUGUUUUAUAAUGCCUUUGCGAUUGCGUUGGCCAUGGGCGGCAGCGAGCUUUUGGGUUUUGGGACGGUCGAUGCGUCCACGGCGGGUACGAUGAUGGCCUUGUCGAGCGUUACUGUGCUGGGGAUGAGUCUGGAUCUGCGGCGACGGUUACAAUGA